AUGGAGGACGACGAAGAAGUCAUCAUGGCGGCGCUCUCCACCCUCUCCCCGCGAGACUUCCACGACCUCGCCGCUGACCUAUCCGUUGACCUCCGCCUCCGCCGGCGGCGCCUCCUCCGGCUGGUCCUCUCGCCGUCGCACUUCGCCGUCGCCGCCGACUUCCUCCGCUCUCUCUCUCUCUCCGACAAGGCCCGCCUAGUGGCCCGCCUCCUCCUCCGCUCCCUCUCCCGCUUCGCCCACCCCUUCACCGGCGGUACCACCGGUGCCUCUGGCGGUGCCGCUGGUGCCCUCCGGGAUUUGGACGCUGGAGUUUUGCUCCUCUCCUCUUGCGAGGCCUACGACCCCGCAUGGGAGUCAGACUCCGACUGGCGGGCCGGAAUGGCGGCGGUCGUGCUGAGAGAGCCGCUCGGCGGCGGGUGGGCAAUGGCGGUGGGGCGCCACGUGGACCUGGUGGCGAGGUGCCGCCGCCUCGUGUCGGCUGUCUCUGGGAAGGUGGGGAGCGAGGUGGCGGUGGCGGCGUCAGCAGCCGCCGUCGUGUCGUUGCCGUCGGUCGAGCCCGGCGGCGGCGGGUGCGCGGUGUGCGGCGAGGAGAUGGCGGAGGGGAGGGACGCUUGCGAGUUGCCGUGCCGCCACGUGUUCCACUGGGGUUGCAUACUCCCGUGGCUGAGGGAGAGGAACACGUGCCCCUGCUGCCGCUUCGAGCUCCCCACCGACGACGUCCUCUGCGAGGUUGACCGACUCUGGCGACUCCUCGCCGCCACCGCCGCCGCCGCUCGCGGCGCCGACCUUCGCCACCGCUGA